AUGUAUCGAGUUCUUUAUAAAAGACUAUUAGCACGACCUCUAACAACAAAAACAUUGUCGGCAUUCGUCUCAUCAGAUUCUACUAUUAAUCUACCAAAUCCAUGUAUUGCGAUGGCACCUGACUCUAAUCACAUCGUUUGUUAUCAUCCGGAAAAACCACAUCCGUAUGAAUUCACUAAACCCAUCGAUCGCACUGAUGCGAGUUUUGCACAAGCUGAUAGUAAUGUAUUCAAUGCUCAAGUUCGACAAGAUUACGAGAGUCGAUUUUAUAAAAAAGAAGUAACGAAGAAAGAUUUCCGCUUGGAAACUGAACAAUUAGCACAAAUGUUUAACGAACAUCCAGCUGUGUUUAAACAAACACCAAAAUUGAACAAGAUCCGUCGUGCACCGCAAUUUGCCAAACCAAAACCUGAUCGAGCUGGCAUUUGA